AUAUUCUCUCUUUAUAUUUUGGUCUUUUCCUCUUAAGUAGUGAAAGAGCAUCAAAACAAAAAACAGUUAAACCGAGUUUUUCGCUUAGUGUUAGAAGAAAUACUCAGAUACAAAGUAGUAGUAAAUUAAUUUUCAGUAGUUUUUUUUGGGGUUUUCUUGUUCUUUUGGUAUAAUCCGAGGGAAGAAGAGAUUGAGUCAAAACAUUCCAAUAUACACCCAAAAACAUACUCUUUAACUCUCUCUGUUUUUUUCUUCAAAAUAAAACUACUACUCUUGUUUCUUUCCUUUCUUUCUUCUGAUCUUAAUUUUAGUGUUUUUUUCUUGGAAGUUAGUUGUUUUCCAAGAGUUGAUAUAUACCCAAUAAAAAAGAUAUGAAUUUGCAAGGUAUUGGAGAUGGGUUUUCUUUACCUUCAACAAUUAGGGGAUUCCCUCAAAAUCAUCUUCAACAACUACAACAACAACCACCACCAUCUAACCCUAACCCUAAAGUUUUAUCCCAUAAUAAUGGUAAUCCUCUUCCUUCCAAGAAGAAGAGAAAUCUACCAGGAACACCAGAUCCAGAUGCUGAAGUGAUCGCGCUAUCGCCAAAGACCCUAAUGGCUACAAACAGAUUCAUCUGUGAAAUAUGCAAUAAAGGGUUUCAAAGAGAUCAAAACCUUCAGCUUCACAGGAGAGGCCACAACUUACCAUGGAAACUUAAACAAAGGACAAACAAAGAAGUUAAGAAGAAGGUUUACAUAUGCCCAGAAAAAACAUGUGUACAUCAUGACUCAUCAAGAGCUCUUGGUGAUCUAACUGGAAUUAAAAAACAUUUUAGCAGGAAACAUGGUGAAAAAAAAUGGAAGUGUGAGAAAUGUUCCAAGAAAUAUGCAGUGCAAUCAGAUUGGAAAGCUCAUACUAAGACUUGUGGUACUAGGGAGUAUAAAUGUGACUGUGGUACACUUUUCUCCAGGAAAGAUAGUUUUAUCACACAUAGGGCUUUUUGUGAUGCAUUAGCAGAAGAAAAUGUGAGGAUUAAUUCAGUCGCACCUCCAAGUCUAAGUUUCAAGACUGAUGAUCAAUCCAAUAACAAAUCCACCAUUGUUCCUCAACCUGGUUUUCAUCAUGGAUUUGUUAGUCAAGGACUUCAAGAAAAUUCCAAUUCAAUUUCACAGUUUAACCCGCUUUUUCGACAAGAUUUUAGCAACAUGGCUGGUACCAAUACUCUCAAUACAGGUUUGCCUGAGAUGGUACAAAUGGCAACAAGUAACAACCUCUUUGGCUCAUCCUCGAUUCCCAAUUUUAUGAUCAACAAUCAAUAUUCAUCCUUAGAAAGAAGUGCAACAGCAACACCAACAUCAACCACUGCAAGUCUUUCCUUGUCAUCUUUCCCACUUGCAUUGAAGGAUGAAGGAAGAAAUAACAAUAACAACAAGACAAACAUGGUUGAAAACCUAGCUUCUUUAUAUUCACAUGAUCAAAACAACCCAUCAUCUUCCUCACCGAAUCCCACAACCCCCAUGUCUGCAACCGCACUCCUACAAAAGGCGGCUCAAAUGGGUUCAACAAGGAGCAAUCCUUCUUUUCUUGGAACAUCCAUGGGAGUCAUGACGAGUUCACCACCUACCAACAUUUUAUCAAGCGCCCUAGUGUCAAGCACUGAGGCGCCUGACUGUGUUGGUAAUGGACCUAAUAGUUGUGCUACUACUAGCACUGGACUAGUAGGGAGCUCGAACUUAAUGUCUACUUCUGUGAACAACCUUAGUCAAUUGAUAAUGCAAUCGGGUUCGAAAUCACAAAAUAAUUUAAACCAACUUAAGCUCUCUUCCAUCUCGAACGCUCUAACUAGAGAUUUCCUUGGCAUGGGAGCUGAAGACGGAAGUGUUCGCCCUUUUUUGCCUCAAGAACUUGCCAGUUUUGCAUCUAUGAACUCAACCAUGGGGCUCAAUCAUUUUGGUAACAAGUAACUUUCUUUGUGAUAAUCAUAUCUUGUCGAGGCAGUAAAAAUUGAUAGAUUUUUAUAGUAAGUCAAAAGUUGAGGGUAAAGGGUGUUGGCCAGAGGAUAUUACUUCAUGUUGAUUGUUGGAAAGGGAAAUUAAAGUGGGGUUGGAAGCAUGCACGUUGUCGUAGCUAUUGUUGUUUUCUUCAUGUAUCGUUAGCAUUUUGGUUUUGUUCAUGGGGUAUAUUUUUCCAAUCUUUAUAUUGUACUCCAUCAGAACUAAUAGUGUUGUACAUUAUUUCAAAGUUUUUUGAGAAAAAGGUUUAUAUAUCUCAAAAUACCUCUAUGACAUAUUAGAACUUCUGGAGAUUUCAACUCCUAAAAAGUAA